AUGGCACCUAACAGAGCUAAUAUUUCUGUCAUCGUCGUGGGUGGUGGCGGCACCAUUGGGUCUUCAACGGCCCUUCAUCUCGUACGCUCGGGAUACACACCGUCGAAUAUCACGGUUCUGGACACUUAUCCAAUUCCAUCAGCGCAAUCAGCUGGCAAUGACUUGAACAAGAUCAUGGGUAUCCGUUUGCGAAACAAGGUGGAUUUGCAGUUGAGCUUAGAGGCGAGACAAAUGUGGACAGAAGACGAUCUGUUCAAGGAGUACUUUCAUAAAACCGGGCGGCUCGACUGCGCACAUGGCGAGAAAGGCCUUGCAGAUCUCAAACAAGCCUACCAAGCCCUUCUUGAUGCGAACGCUGGCCUGGAGGCGACGACAGAAUGGUUAGAUUCCGAGGACAAGAUUCUUGAGAAGAUGCCGCUUCUCAAUCGCGAUCAGAUCAAAGGAUGGAAAGCCGUCUUCAGCGAAGACGGCGGAUGGCUCGCUGCGGCAAAAGCCAUCAACGCUAUCGGUAGAUUUCUGCGCGAUCAAGGCGUCAAGUUUGGCUUUGGCGGAGCAGGAUCAUUCAAGCAGCCUCUUCUUGCCGAUGGGGUUUGUGUUGGUGUUGAGACAGUUGACGGGACGAGAUAUUAUGCUGACAAGGUUGUGUUGGCGGCUGGUGCGUGGAGUCCUGUAUUGGUCGAUCUACAAGACCAAUGUGUGUCGAAAGCAUGGGUAUACGCUCAUAUCCAACUGUCCCCGAGCGAGGCAGCGGAAUACAAAAAUGUUCCUGUAGUCUAUAAUGGCGACGUGGGCUUCUUCUUCGAGCCUGACGAAUACGGCGUCAUCAAAGUCUGUGACGAGUUUCCAGGUUUUACGCGCUUCAAGCAGCAUCAACCUUUCGGCGCAUCGGCUCCAAAGCGCAUUUCUGUGCCUCGAUCUGCUGCAAAGCACCCCACAGAUACCUAUCCGGAUGCCUCGGAAGUCAGUAUCCGCAAGGCCAUCGCGACGUUCCUGCCCAAGUUCACAGAAAAGGAACUGUUCAACAGGCAUCUGUGUUGGUGUACUGAUACGGCAGAUGCGGCGCUAUUGAUGUGCGAACAUCCUGAGUGGAAGAACUUUGUUUUGGCCACGGGUGACAGUGGUCACACCUUCAAACUUCUACCUAACAUCGGUAAGCAUGUGGUCGAGCUACUAGAGGGCACAUUAGCAGACGACCUAGCGCAUGCGUGGAGAUGGCGUCCCGGUACCGGCGAUGCGCUGAAGUCGCGAAGGGCGGCGCGUGCGAAAGAUCUUGCAGAUAUGCCAGGAUGGAAUCAUGACGGGGAAGCCCCCAGAGCGAAGCUGUGA